UCAGCAGCUGAGGGGAGAGAGAGAGAGAGAGAUGGUGUCAGGGUCGGGAAUCUGCGCCAAGAGAGUGGUGGUGGAUGCGCGCCAUCACGUGCUGGGAAGGUUAACUUCCAUAUUGGCCAAGGAACUGUUGAACGGCCAAAAGGUCGUGGUUGUAAGAUGCGAAGAGAUUUGCAUGUCGGGCGGAUUAGUGAGGUAGAAGAUGAAGUAUAUGAGGUUUCUGAGGAAGCGUAUGAACACUAAGCCCUCCCAUGGUCCCAUCCAUUUUCGUGCACCUGCUAAGAUCCUAUGGCGUACCAUUCGUGGGAUGAUUCCUCACAAGACUAAGCAUGGAGCAGCUGCGCUUGCUCGAUUGAAGGCUUACGAAGGGGUUCCAGCUCCAUAUGAUAAGACGAAGAGAAUGGUCAUUCCCGAUGCUCUCGAGGUUUUGAGGCUUCAGAAAGGACACAGGCAUUGCUUGUUGGGCAAGCUUUCAUCUGAGAUCGGAUGGAACCAUUAUGACACUAUCAAGGAGCUUGAAAGGAAGAGGAAGGAGAGAGCUCAAGUGGCAUACGAGAGAAGGAAGCAACUCACUAAGCUUAGUGUUAAAGCUGAGAAGGUUGCCGAGGAGAAACUCGGUGCACAGCUGGAAGUUAUUACUCCGAUCAAAUAUUGAUUCAUCGAAAACACUUCCGGGUGAAGUUUAAUGCAAAUCUCAUAUCAGCUCAUAA